UUCAAUUGUAAUCAGACGUGCAUUAUAUACUGCCAUUCGAUUGCAAAUAAUAAUAACAAUAAUGCUGAUUUUUAAGACUCUUCAGCUGCUUUCUUCAUGACGUAAAAAAUAUAUAUUAGCGAUAGCUUACAAGUGCUUCAAGUAACAUAGAAAAUCAGUCAUUCCUUGUUUAGACUUUGAUUUGUAAGGACAUAGAAAGUAAAAACCUAUAAGCUCAUUGAUAAAAAUUUUUAAAAAAAUGGCAGAAAAAUCAAUUUUAUGGUUCCGACAUGGAUUAAGAUUGCACGAUAAUCCAGCUUUAAUUGAAGCUUUAAGGUCAAGUGGAGCUGAAAAAAAUACAUUUUAUCCCGUUUUCAUUUUUGAUGGAUGUUCAGCAGGAACACAGCAUGUCGGUUACAAUCGUAUGAAAUUCUUAAUUGAAUCAUUGGAAGACUUAGAUGAACAAUUUAAAGAAUUGGGGGCGCCUGGAUUAUUUAUUUUUCGUGGAGAUCCCGUAGAAAUAUUCAGGAAAAUGCGAGAAGAAUUAGGAAUAACAAAAAUAUGUUACGAACAAGAUUGCGAACCGAUUUGGAAUGGAAGAGAUGAACGAGUCGAAAAUUUAUGCAGAGAAUUUGGAAUCAAGUCAGUUGAGAAAAUAUCGCAUACAUUAUGGGAUCCGAAUAGAAUUAUUGAAGUUAACGGAGGAUUUCCACCGUUAACAUAUCAAAUGUUUUUGCACACAAUUAAUGUAAUUGGAUAUCCAUCAAAGCCAUGUGAAUUUCCUGACUUUUCACACGUUGAUUUUGGUGAGAUUCCAAUGAAUUUACAUAUGCAGCUGGGGUUAAUGAACGGCAUUCCAAAACCUGAAGAUUUUUCAAUUUUCCGAGAAAAAACUGGAUCGGAAGUUUAUUUGACAUGGAAGGGCGGUGAAAAAAGAGCAUUAGAACAAUUGGAACUGCGUUUAGCAAUUGAACAAGAUGCAUUUAGGAAUGGAACUUAUCUUCCUAAUCAAGCAAAUCCUGACUUACUUGGUGUCUCUACAUCUAUGUCUGCAGCACUAAGAUUUGGUUGUUUAUCUGUAAGAAAGUUCUAUUAUGCUAUUCAUGACUUAUUCGCGAGUGUACAAGAGAUAUUGCCUAAUAAGCAUCCUUAUGGACAUCAUAUUACUGGUCAAUUAAUUUGGCGUGAAUAUUUCUACACAAUGUCUAUUAAAAACCCAAAUUAUGGACAGAUGAAGAACAAUCCAAUAUGUUUGAACAUUCCAUGGUCUAUUCCAAACAAGGAUGACGUAUUAAAAUGGAAACAAGGAAAAACAGGAUUUCCAAUAAUUGAUGCAGCUAUGAGACAAUUAUUAACUGAAGGAUGGCUACAUCAUACUCUACGAAACAUCACCGCUACGUUCUUGACACGCUCUGGUCUAUGGAUAAGUUGGGAAGUUGGUCUUGAUCAUUAUUUAAAAUAUCUCUUGGAUGCUGACUGGUCUGUUUGUUCAGGAAAUUGGAUGUGGGUAUCGUCAAGCGCUUUUGAGAAGCUUUUAGACUCAUCAAACUUUAGUAUCAUAGCACUAGCUUAUCGUCUUGAUCCAAACGGAGAUUACGUCAAAAGAUACAUUCCGGAAUUGCGUCAUUUUCAUCAAAAAUAUAUUCAUGAGCCAUGGAAAGCUCCAAAUAAUGUACAGGAAGCGUGUGAGUGCAUUAUUGGAGACGACUAUCCCGAACCAAUGAUUGAUUUAAAGCGAGCAAUGCAAAUUAAUUCAAAUCGUAUGAAGGAAAUAAGAGAUUCAUUGAUUGAUAGUAAACCUCAUGUUCGUCCAUCAAAUGAAGAUGAAAUUCGAACAUUCUUUUGGAUUAAUGACGACAUAAGCGUUAAAGCGUAAAUGAUAUUGUUUUGUG